UUUUAUUAAAAUCGUUUUGUCUUGUACAAUUUAAAGUCUCUCCAAAAGGUGACAAAAUAAGGGCAAUUUAAAAUCACAGUCAUAAUGUAUAUUAGUAUCCAAAUUUUCUUCUUUCUGUGAUUUUCUGAAACAUCACAAUCUAUUUGGUUUGCCAUUCAAUUUAGUGGUUCUUUGAAGGAAUUAAGAAAAUACUUUUUGGACGUCUUUUGGAAAUUGACAUAAUGAACGCAUGAAUGAAGGCGUUACGAGUUUGUUUAUCUGGCAGAGAGACCCACGCGCGCUUACAAGCAAAUAGAAAGCGAAUCUUUUUUAUCUGUGCGUCGUAAUUUUAUUAUGCAUUUCCUUAUGUAUCAUUUACCGCAUUACAAUCGUCAUACCGUUUUUCUCAGUUUUCAGAAUUAACCCCGAGAUUUCAAUACGUUAAUGCAAUGUAUUGGCCAGUAGUUUCAAUGGUGACAUGCCGUUGGCCGUCGAUGACCACUCCCACCUUUUAGUUACCGCUCAUUUUGAUUGGUCUUUGGAUACACCCACUACCGCGUUUAAGCCCGAUAGCACCUCCUUCCCUCCGACAUUCCGCGAGAUGUAAUUGGAUGCCAUUGGUCUUAAUUAGCAUACGCGAUCGGAUUGGUCAGAACGAGCGUCCGUCAUUAGGCAUCUGUACUCACAGCAGUUCACAUAGAGCGUGCUGGUGUGUCAUCGUGGUGCAGAGAGGCAGAGAUACGCGGUGAGUAAUGCCGGCCUUGUUGCUUGAUGUCAGGACUGCUAUAGAGAGGAUGAAGGCGGACGCGGAUUCCCUCUGACCGUGGCAUCCUACAUGCAUUAACUAAAGUCUGCCCAUUGUCAACAUGGCAGAGCAAUGGACCGCAGUGCCCACUUCUAAUAUGGCGGCGCUGAACCGGGCUAGAUCAUUGACUGUUAUAUUCUUAAUUGUCAGCAGUUGUCUGAUCAGUAGCAUUGAUGGCAUAGACGCGCCAGAAGAGACUGUCAUCAUUGGCCUCCGGCUCGAGGACACGGACGAGGUGUCGUUUAUGGACAGAGGCUUUUUGCGCGUCAGCGAGCGCUCUCAUGUCAGGUUAAGGGUCUAUGGGCAAAACAUCAACAACGAGACGUGGUCCAAACUCGCCUUUACGGAACACAAAAUCGGCAGCGCACCUGCGGAGAGCCAGAGCCCCGGGGACGCACCUGCCUCGCAUCCCUGCGGCAUCCGAUCCUCCGAUAUCAUCAUCCUUCCCAACGUGGAGGUAAACAGAAAGACAUCUGGGAUUAUUGAAAUAGAGGUGAAACCUCUGCGAAAAACUGAGAAGAGCAAAGUAUAUUACCUGUGCAUCGCCACAACCACACCUGGCGCGCAGGACUCGUGGUCCGAGAGCACCUGGAUCUAUCACGAGGGGCAUGACACUAAAGUGAUCGUGGUGGAGGAGAAGAAGUUCCUGCUGCCUUUCUGGCUGCAGGUGAUUUUUAUUGCCAUGUUGUUGUGUUUGUCCGGCAUGUUCAGCGGGCUGAAUCUGGGACUGAUGGCGCUGGAUCCCAUGGAGCUCCGGAUUGUCCAAAACUGCGGGACUGAGAAGGAGAAGAAUUACGCGAAGAAGAUCGAGCCAGUCCGAAGCCAAGGAAACUACCUUCUGUGCUCUUUGCUGCUGGGAAAUGUCUUGGUCAAUACCACUUUGACUAUCCUGCUCGAUGACAUCGCAGGAUCAGGGCUGAUCGCUGUAGUGGUGUCCACUAUAGGGAUCGUGAUUUUUGGCGAAAUCGUGCCACAAGCCAUCUGCUCCAGGCAUGGGCUCGCCGUGGGCGCAAACACUAUACUCCUGACUAAAUUCUUUAUGAUCCUCACUUUCCCUGCAUCGUAUCCCGUCAGUAAACUCCUGGACCACGUGUUGGGGCAGGAGAUCGGCACUGUGUACAACAGGGAGAAGCUUCUGGAGAUGCUCAGGGUGACAGAUCCGUAUAAUGACCUGGUGAAAGAGGAGCUCAACAUCAUCCAGGGCGCUCUGGAGCUCAGGACUAAAACUGUGGAGGAUGUCAUGACGCCUUUGCGAGACUGCUUCAUGAUUGCCGCCGAUGCCAUCCUGGACUUCAACACCAUGUCUGAGAUCAUGGAGAGCGGCUACACGCGAAUACCUGUGUAUGAGGGCGAGAGAUGUCAUAUUGUGGACUUGCUGUUUGUCAAGGACCUGGCCUUUGUGGAUCCAGAUGACUGCACGCCGUUGAAAACCAUCACCAAGUUCUACAGCCACCCUCUGCAUUUUGUCUUCAAUGAUACAAAGCUGGAUGCCAUGCUCGAGGAGUUUAAAAAAGGUAAAUCCCAUCUGGCCAUUGUCCAAAGAGUGAAUAACGAAGGAGAGGGAGACCCAUUCUAUGAGGUUCUGGGCAUCGUCACGCUAGAAGACGUCAUUGAGGAAAUCAUCAAAUCUGAGAUUCUUGAUGAGACUGACUUGUACACUGACAACAAGACGAAAAAGAGGAUAGCUCACAGAGAGAGGAAACAGGACUUCUCCGCUUUCAAACCUACAGAUAAUGAGUUGAGCGUGAAAAUAUCACCACAGCUUCUUCUGGCCGCACUGCGUUUCCUGGCAACUGAGGUGGAGUCAUUCAGUACAGCUCAAAUGUCAGAGAAAAUCCUCCUGCGCUUGCUGAAACAUCCUAACGUCAUCCAGGAGCUCAAAUAUGAUGACAAGAACAAGAAAAUGUCAGAGCACUACCUCUUUCACCGCAACAAGCCUGUGGACUACUUCAUCCUCAUCUUACAGGGGAAGGUGGAGGUUGAGGCUGGAAAGGAGGGGAUGAAGUUUGAAGCUGGUGCCUUCUCUUAUUAUGGAGUGCUGGCUUUAACCUCUUCACCAGUUCCUCUCUCCUUGUCUCGAACCUUUGUGGUGAGCAGGGCAGAAUCGCUGGCAGGAUCUCCAGAAAAUAAGUCACCUCCACGACCGUUCGGACUCAACCACUCGGACUCCCUGAACAGGAGUGACCGGAUGGAGGCGGUCACUCCCACGCUGGGCAGCAGCAACAACCAGCUCAACUCCUUCCUGCAGGUCUACGUGCCAGACUACUCAGUGAGAGCCGCCUCUGACCUGCUCUACAUCAAGGUGACCCGCCAGCAGUAUCAGAACGCCCUUAUGGCAUCUCGCAUGGACAAGACACCCCAGUCCACAGACAGCGAGUUCACCAAGAUCGAGCUGACCUUCACAGAGCAUCAGGAUGGACCACUGGACGAAUCAGCCACUCUUUUGACCACCAACGCACACAGACCCAACCACACCAGUCACAGCGACGGGGCAAUUUAACCACCCUCAGUGAAGAGAGAUGGCAAAAGAGCGCAAACGGCUCCGUUAGCCUCUCCCUUUCCACGUACUGAGCGAGAGGCCUUCUCGUACACCAGGCAGCUUCACUUCCUCUCAUCACGGUCGAUUUCCAAGGGGAACAUACGCAAAGACUACAAUGUGAAGGGCCGCAUAUCCCACAAUGCAUGCACUAAUGACCUUAACACCUUUUGUAGGCAGCGGAUCAGUCAGGGACCACCACAUCAUUCUCGUUCGCUCAUUUGAUCGAGGACGGACACACUUGAAAAUACACACUUUCACUUUGGAGGAGCAAGGUGACGACCCACACCACACCUCGACCAGACAUGAUACCAGAAGGACAAAGAAAUAACGGUGCCUUUAGACAGCGCUUGGUUACUGUCAACAAAGGAGGCCCCCGAGGGCCCGGGCCACACGGAGCUCUCCAAAAUCUUCCAUUCGACCCAGGAAACCUGAGCAGAUGCAGCCACAGAUGAGAUCUCAGCGACCGUGAGGCUUGUAAACAUUCGACGGAGAUCAAUAUCCCCAGAAUGCAUCUCAGCCUAUCAGAAGAGGCCUCACGACCAAAGACAUUUGGCAUAGACAGGAUAAAACAGGCGGCAUAAUUGUGGGUCAUUUGUGAGAAUUUGUGACAAAAACAGCAGCCUCGGACACGACACGCAUAAGCAGGCAAAAUGGCGUUUGUCUGGACUGUGCCAAAUAACACCAACAACGAUUUCUUCUGCCCAGGUUAAUCCACGUCACACGCAGAUGUGCUACGUACAGCGUUCGCAGUACAAAGAAAUCAAAUGUGUUUACAUAUGAGGGCCUUUUUCAUCUAUAUAUAUAUAUAGAAAAAGAGAUUUUUUACGUCAGUCCUGAUUGUGCUGAGGUACAGCGUCACCUAUUUUAAGGUGAAUAGAGUAUACGUCUCAUGACUGGUUCCAUUUUUACGUACGUCGGACCACUCUUUAUUAACGAUACGUUUUUGAUUUUCAGUGCUUUUGUUGUAAUCACGUAACUCUUAAUUUUUAAAAGAAACAUUUUGUAUGUCACACCUACCUUUCUUCAGAUAGUUGCUAGCUGCGUUUAGGACCUCAAAGACACUAUUUCAGGAACUUACACUGUAACUUAUAUCUCCUCUUCAGAUUCCACUAUUGCUCUUUUUUCUUAUUGUUUUUAGAAAAGCUAUUCGUGUAGGACUCAAUGUCAUGGGAUUGUAAAAGAGGUACUUGAUUUAUUGAAUUUAAAACAGAUGAAAAAGGAAAAUAAUUCAGCAUUAAUGUAUUUAUUUGGUUUAAGAUUACAUUAACGCUCUUGAUACAAAGGGGAACGAAUCUCUGGCUGAUGUUUUUAUCCGCUGACUGUUUGUUUUUUUUAUCAGAACCUCCUGAGGCGCUUCUGUCAGAUGCGUAAAGCCACUGGAUAUCAGGACAUUCACGUCUCAAGAGUUUAUGUAGCAACCUCUCAGUGCAAUAGUGCAACAGCUAUGCAGGGACAAUCAUGACCAAUUAAUGUGCUCACAGGUAGGACAAAGUAUCCGAAAGUAAACUAGUGGAAUUUAAUUUAAUGAGACUGAGAGGUAGAGUAAGUCUGUUAGAUUAACACAACUACUGUUUAGGGGCUUGAGAUGUGGAGUAGUGAUUGUUGAACACUAACAAAGGCUUCGGUCAGCAUUCCUGUUCUUGUUACAUCAACCGCUUAUUCCAGUUUUUUCACACUGUGUUAAAGAGGAACGCCCAUUCAUUUCACUUAAAGCAUUCGGUGAUGUCCUACAGAUCAGAUCAGUGUUUUCACGUCGGAUCGCCUGCCUUAGAAAAGAGGAAACGUCUUCAAAAAUGUGGUGCUCUAACAUGCGUUUUGAGUCUGUCAUACAUUGCUGCUAUUUUCAAUCUUGAAUGUGUAUAGAGAUACUGUACAGUCAUAAAUCAGAGAGUACUAUUGUAUGCUUACAUACUAUAAACCAGACAAUGCUAUAUCAGAUUUAAAUAUACAUAUAUAUAUAUAUAUAUAUGUAUAUAAUGCAGAUGGAAAUUGCUAUAAUAAAACUGUUUGACAACUUUA